AUGACAACUACAUCGGGUAAAGUACGAAAGCAGGUCCGGUCCUGCAACUUUCGCGUUCUGUUCCUCAUUUCAACUCCGUCCAGACGGAUAUGGCAGGUACCCAUCGAGUCGACUAGGCAUGCCAUUCUCCCCGUCUCGUCCUCUUUUCAUUUCGGGAUUUGUAUCCUCUUCGAGGCAUCGCUGCAUUUGGGCUUCUCGCAUCGUUUGCAAAACCCGUUGCAUUUCAACUGCAGGAGGCAGAAAAUAACCUUGAAAAUCCGCCCCAACGUACUCCGACGCCGUUUUAUCGAUUGUAUUUCCGAUAUGACCACCAUGAAUACGCCGGACGCUGAACUCGCCGAUGUCGAGUUCGAGCGCAAUGCGAGUGACGACGUUGCAUCCCCCUUCUCGAACCGAGAAGGCAGCGAGCAAGAAGUCAGUCUUACGAUGCCUCCCACACCGGACGAGGAUGAGGGCCAUGACGGCGACACAUCUUGUAUUUAUUCAUCGCCACCGCCACCCCCGCGCAUCGCCGCGCCUUUCUACAGACCGACACAGAACCGACGAAAAGAAUCGGCAGCGUCUUCACGUCGUAACUCGAUUUCCUCUGUUCAUUCGCGAUGCUCCUCAGCCCAAGCGUACUCCCAUCACACGGGAGGCCCCCAGAGCAAGCAUAUCGCGCAUCACCUACGUCGCACGUCGUUCCUCGAAGACCGUAAAGCCCGUCUUGCAGACCGCGCCGCGCAUGCCGAGAAAGUCCGACUUCGCGCUGCCCUCGCCAAAGCAGCCCCACGCGGCACCUCCUCAUUAGAAGAACGCGCCCUUGCAGCUCAACAGGCGCGCGAAAAGAAGUUGGCUGAAAUCGUUGCCUCCUGCGCAGAGGAUGUCAGGAAAGCGAAGGCGGUGGCGGAAAGCAUGAAGGAGAAGAGGGAACGAGAACUCGCUAGGGUUCGAGCCAGGAUGGAAGAGCGCAUGGCCGAGGCCGACCGCAGGCGCGAGGAGCUCAAGAACCGGUGCGCAUCUAAGCGCGUUCGGGGACAAAGCCUCAACAACAAGAAGACGGUGGGGGACGUGCAGGCCUCCGCGAAGGAGAAGCGGGCGCCGAAGUACAGUGAGGAUGUCGCCGCUGGCAAGAUUCAAUGGUGGUGGCGAGCCAUGCUACGGAGGAAGGCUCUGACCGAGUUUAAUGAACUCGGCUUGACCGUCGAGGGUAUUCGUGAUACCUCGUUUGACCACGUCGUCGAGCUGCUCGCCCAAGAGCGGGUUCUCCUACAAACCUCCAGGAUUCUUCGCAUCUGUGGUCUUCGAGAGGGCGACAGCGGCUCGGUCAACGAGAUGGCCGCGUUGCGGACGUUUCUCAGCGCGUUUCUCAUUCUUGGUCACCCGAACCAGGUGCUCAGCAAUAAGGACAGCAGCACGGGCGAGCAGGAGCAGGUUGGAGCACAGCUGUCUCGGCCGAUGCCCCAUGACGACCUUGCUAAUCCCCAGUUACAGGACCUCGUGGCGAAAGCCAGGGACUUGCUCAUCUGUUUUGAGAACAUCUCGUCCCACUUGACCGCUGCCAAUUACUAUACGGCGCCUCCCGCACUCCAAAGGUCUCUUCCCGAAGUCUACGCUACUUUCCACAACGCCUUCAUAGCCUGGAAAUCCCGUGACUCCGACUCGCUGGUUCAGGUGAUGGUCAUGCAGUUUGUCGAGCUGCAGAUGAUCUGGCAAACCGUCAAGGACAGCACGGAUGGGGCGUCGGCGGAGGCAUACAGGGAGAGCAUAAAAGACAACCAAGUCAAGCUGAUUGUGAGAAUCAAGAAGCUUGCAGGACCAGAGAGGGGCAAGAAGCUCAUAUCGGAUGCCCUGCGGCAGGCCAAGCUGGCUCGCGCGGCCACGAAGCCGAAGGGCGACAUGAAGCCGCGCGUAAUGGAAAACUCGGAAGCCACGGCCACGGCCACGGCCGAGAGCUUCGUUGCUCCCAUUCCUCAGACGCAGACGCUGACACCGCCGGCCACUCCGUCAAGCUCACCGCCUAAGCUACACCAACGGCCUCCACAGCCCAUCACCCUGGGGCCCGGACUUGGCGGUCUCCUGCCUCGGAACCGGGUCGUCGUCCACGAGCUAGCCAUCAACCAGGAGUAUCGAAUUCCGCCAGCAGAGUACCGCGAACACAGGGCCAUCAAUCAGAGGCCCGUAUUCUUUGCCAUGCGUUUCAAUCUGGAGGCCGGUCUGGCCGACAAUGGCUUCAAAUACUUUACCGUGAUGAUGCAGUAUUUCAAGGACUCCCUUCAGCGCCUGGUCAAACCUGGAGGCUUCAUGCACAAGACGAUCGGGGAGGUUUUAGACGUGGAGCUUGCAGAACGACAAUUUCAAGUGGGAAGUUUCUCCUAUGAGAAAUUCUUCGCCGGCAUAUCCCAUCUCCUGCCGAAACUCUGUGCACCGUAUCGCGACGACGAAUGCAAAGAUCUGAUCGAGAAUAAACUGCAGCAGGGAGACUUGGUGGGCCGCGUCGAGGCACUGACUGAGUUUGUCGAUCUCAUGCUCUGCGAUUAUGUUAAUUACAUGCUGUCCAUGGCCGCACCGCAGCUCAUUCAAGCGGCGCCGCAAUACGAAGCCAAGAGGUUCGCCCAGGAUAUGGAGGACAACGCAUGGGACUUGACAGCAGCGGUCACGGCCUGGCGCUCGGCGCGUUCCAAGGUCCUUGCCGAGACAAGCAAACGCGACCCUGAGGCGGUCAACCAUCCCAAGGGCCGUCCCACGGCGGACAAGUUCUACGCGCAGAUGCUGGUGGACCUGUUCACGCAGCCGUUGCCCGUCGACGAGGAGACGGUGCCGGAGAUGCUCCUCCUGGACUACAAGCGCAUGCAGCGGCUCUCGUCGGCGACGCAGCGCAUCAUCACCGCGGGUGCCAUCCUGCUGCAGUGCAAGAACAUGCUAAAGCGCGAUGUGCGGAGCCCCUGGAAGGCCGAGGCGACGCGCGUCACGACCGUGCUGGAGGCGAACCACGAGAACAUCGACACGGCGGUGCAGGGGAUCAUGGCGGCCUUGGAAGGCGGCCGAAGCAUGCCGGCGGUGACCAAGACGCAUCUGAGGGCACUGGUCACCAAGGUGCUGCACGCGAGCCAGGAUUACAUGCAAAAGGGCGAGGAACCGCGCGAACCGGUGCUGCGUCUUUUGCUCUCGCGACUCCGGGGACAUAUGUUCGCGCGGCUGGGGGCCGGGUCGGCGAGCGAGAAGAUCAAAGCGGCCAGCACGGCGGGGGAGAGGCUCGCGGGCCUAGGACUGGCGGAAUUUGCGCCCCAGGUGCGGGAGAUUGUGGACGAAAUUGCCAAGGUCGGCGCGGUGGAUCGCGCGGCGCAUGGGCAGUGGUGGGAGGCGGUUGCGCAGAAGGUGCAGCAAGAGGAUGGUGCCUCUUCGGCCAUGAGCGGUACGGAUGCUUAG